UGCUCUGCUUUUCACAAGAGGUGGGCUGAUUUCACUGGCCAAGUUUGGUGCUGCUGUGGGUCUCAAUGGACCGGGCUUUAUGUUUCCAUUCACCAAAACCGCUGACCUCAACUCCCAAAGCUCGUCACCUAUUCACUACCGGAGUACCGAUCGGGCUGCGCAGCCGUAUUUCCUUUCUCCAGCCAGCAUCCCCACUCAAUUCCUAGCAAAAUGUUCGCUACACGAUCUUUGCGCAUGUUCCGUCCUACGGCUCGCAUGAUGGGGCCGGUACCUAAGGAGGAACAAGCUGCGCACACAGUCUCCCAGCGCCUGAGGCGCCUGAGGAAGAUCCCCGCCGAACUGAUCCCCCUCGGUGUUGUCGUUGCCUUUGCCGUUUCUGCCGCCAUCUACUCGAGCGCCCGCCAUCUAAUCGUCGAUAAGAACAUCCGCCUCAAGAGGACAAACCGCGCCGCCGAGUCUCAUGCGGAGCACCACUAAGGGAUGCAUGUAUUUUUUCUCAUGAUCGAGGGGGUUUAGACUUGACUGGCGGUAGACUUGUAUAUGAACGGAACAUCGAGCGGGGUGGACGGGGCCAGGGUCUGAAUACCCUCGGUGUUUUCAGUGUCCAAGACGUGUGAACAAACAUGCAUUUUCCAUGACUAACAGAAGCUUCCCACAAACGCCGUGGCUAUGCAAAGUUUCCUGGCCCGUUGCUUCCCGUGAUAUCACGAGUAGGGCCAGGCCAUUCGCGCACUCUUGGCGUGCUCUCCCUAACUCCUUGCUCCUUCAGCAUGUAGAUAACCUUCAUUCCGGUUUAGGCCCUGCAACAUCAAGACCCUCAAGUCCCUGCAUGGGAUCAUCCGGUCUUGCAUUCUG